UGCCCCUUCUUCUUCUCCCUUUUUUUUUUCUUCAGGUAGAGCAUAUUCACGAAAAUCGCCAUUGAAAUUUAGGCAUGAAUAGAAUCAGAGUAGCAGCACUAAUCAAUUCUGGGGCCAACCCUUUUCAGCAGAAAGUCUCCUACAUCCAUUCAACUCCAAUUUUGGAACGAAAAAGACGAACUCAUUGGGAUUCUGGAGGAGGUUAUUCCAGGGGCUCAUCAAGGAGUCAUAGAGAGCCUAGAUUUAGCAGCUACUCCAGAAGGAAUAGGAAGCUACAUUCGAAGCAGGAUUUGUUGCAUAACGUCAGCUCAUUUGCUGAGCACCUUUUUCAGAGCUGGAAAUUUGAUGAUUUUGACGACAACGACAAUCCAUUUGCAAGCAGAAACAGCUCAUGGUUUAGACAGGAUUUUAAUGGUAAUAGAUCUAAGAAAGGAAACUCCAGAAACAAGGGACAACAGGCAUGGAACACAAGAUUCCAAUUUUUUGUAGAUGAUGAUGAUUUUGAUGUUGAGACCAUCUUUAAAUCUGCACUUGGGGGAAACAAAUACACCUACUAUUCCUUUAUAGAUGAAGAACCACAGUGGAGGGGGUCCUUUGGACGCUCCAAUAACCAUAGGCAUUACUGGAAUUGGGGGCGUCAGGAUGAGGAGGAAGACAGCUCCUCAUCUGAUAGUCUGGAGUCUGAUCUGACAUCUGAUAGACUUGCUCUUGGGCUGAGUUCAUCUGGUCCUUUAAGUCUUACAGAUGUUAAAAAUGCUUAUAGAGUUUGCGCUUUGAAAUGGCAUCCAGAUCGCCACCAUGGCCCUCACAAGGCUGCGGCAGAAGAGAAGUUCAAGCUUUGCGGUGCGGCAUAUCAGUCAUUAUGUGAUAAGCUCGGUCUAAAUUAGGGUUGCCGUUGCUGAUGGCAUCUAUCAAGUCUUGUAGGAGAUCAGAUUGGAUCUUGAUCAUAAGAUUCAUAACUAUGUACUUAGGUUAAGUUAGGAAUUAGGUUAGGAAUUAUGCACAACAUAGAAAAAUGAGAGGCAUGGUGUCCAAUGAGCAAUUAUUUCCACAGUAUGCUAUUCCUUGUAUCCUUUUGUACCAUUCACUUUGUACCCGUGUAUACUUCUGUUUAAUACUACGAGCUUUAAGAUUCAUUAAUGCCCU